GCGUCAUUCUAAGUAACACCUUUGGAGAAUCGAGAAACCUCCUCGUGUUUCCACCUCGGUUCAACCUGGCUCGUGCGAAGGUCGCGCUCAACUACGUCAUUCGUCAUAGCUAACUACUAUUUCCACCUUACCGACUGCAAGCGGCGGUAUCAUUCAACAAAUCACCGCCAUGGCGCCGCAUAGUCUAUUAGACGGCCACGACGAUGGUCCCACCAGCAACGGAUUUUCGCACAACGGUUCCCACGCCGACUCUAGCAUACAACCGGGCAACGGUGUUUCCAACAACCAGUCGCACUUGAAAAGGACGCCUCUGGAGAGCGUACAUGAUCUAGUCUGCGUCGGGUUCGGGCCUGCUAGUCUCGCAAUCGCGGUUGCUCUACACGAUUCUAUCGAACGCGGGAACCUCCUAAAAAAGGGAGAUGCAUCGUCGCCGAAAGUCCUCUUCCUGGAAAAGCAGCCGAAGUUCGCAUGGCAUGCCGGCAUGCUUCUCCCAGGCGCGAAGAUGCAGAUUUCCUUCAUCAAAGAUAUGGCAAGCUUGAGGGACCCCACCUCGCAGUUCACCUUCUUGAAUUACCUCCACAAGAACGGCCGGCUCGUCGAAUUCACAAACCUAAACACCUUCCUGCCGGCGAGAGUCGAAUACGAGGACUACCUACGAUGGUGCGCAAGCUUCUUCAACGACGUCGUCCAAUAUAACACAGAAGUCGUCUCGGUCUCUCCCAACAAGGCAUCGGAAUCCGCAGGCUCAGUCUCCACCUUCACGGUCACAUCGAAGAAUAUCAAGACGGGAGCCUUGACCAGUUAUACAGCUAAGAACGUCUUGUUAGCCAUCGGAGGACAGGCGUCGAUUCCAAAGUGCCUUCCUUCGAACCACCCUCGAGUGAUCCACUCUUCCCAGUACGCCCACCUCGUGCCGCAAAUCCUCGACAACCGGGAUUCUCCUUAUCGCGUAGCCGUAGUCGGCGCGGGGCAGAGCGCGGCCGAGAUCUUCAACAAUGUCCAGACGCUCUAUCCGAAUUCCCGAACAUCGCUAAUCAUGCGAUCCGAGUUUUUGAAGCCUAGCGACGAUUCGCCUUUCGUCAAUUCGAUCUUCAACCCGUCAUUUGUGGAUUCUCUAUACCAAAGAUCUGCCGAGAAUAGGCAUUCCUUGCUAGAAGGCGCGCGGAGCACGAACUACGGAGUAGUACGACUAGAACUUAUCGAGCGCCUCUACGAACGAAUGUACGAUCAGCGGCGCGAAAUCGGGAGCGACGAGCGGAAGUGGCCGCACCGUAUCCUAAGUGCUACGGAUGUCGUCGGUCUCGAUACGAAGGGGGGCCAACUGCGACUAACAGUGCGUCCUCUGGGGUUGACAAAACCUCACGACUACAGCUCGGGCGAGAACGGUCUUCAAAACGGUACAGGCGAAGAGGAGAUCCUCGAAGUGGACCUCGUCAUCGCAGCAACUGGCUAUAAGCGACAAUCUCACCUCGCUAUGAUGGAGGACGUGGCCGACCUUCUGCCCAGAGCCAACGAGUCGAACGGAACAUCGGCGAGCAACGGUUUCGGAUCUAAAUUUUCCGAAUCGAGGAUUAAGGACCAUGCGCUGCGAGUCUCGCGUGAUUACAGCGUUCAGUUUGCCCCUGGUAAAGUAUCACCGCGCUCCGGUAUUUGGCUUCAAGGUUGUUGCGAGGGAACACACGGGCUGAGCGAUACCUUGCUAUCUGUAUUGGCCACCCGCUCCGGGGAGAUUGUCAAUUCGAUAUUCGGCGAGAGUGCAUGAGCAAUCCCCAAUUGACAUUUUAUUUGAGUGAAUAUAACCUAGGGCGAACAACGACUCAUAGUACCUACUUAGAUGUGCACGGUAUUUUAUAGAGGCUGUCGGUGAGAUGCCGAGAGGCAACGAAAACAGUCGAAAGCGAUAUAUUCAGCAUCGACGCAACG